AAGUUUUUAUUCAUAAAGUAGAUGGACUCACAGAAGAUACUAAAAUGGAAACUCAACGAGAAAUUCACCAAAGAGCUAAUGAUGAUCUUGUAGAUUCAGGAGAUGAACAAAAAAUAUAUAUUAGUUUCCAUUUGACAUCAAUUUACGAUCAUAGCAUAUUUGAAGCAUUUAGUAGAGUUGUGCAAAAGAUGAUUCCUCAAUAUGCAACUCUUGAAAAUUUCCUAAACAUUAUUAUAUCGACAUCUGGAAUUGAAAAAGCCUUUUUAUAUGAUGUAAAAACUAAAAUAUAUGUAGCAACUGAUUCAUCACCGGUUGAUAUUCAAAGUUAUGAACUUUGUUGUGAUAUGAUAGAUGUUGUUAUAGAUUUAUCAAAUAUUUAUGGGUUGGGCGAUAACCCAGGAUUAAUGAAUGAUCCAGCUUUUGAUGAUCAAAGUUCAAGUCUAAUUAAAUUAAAUAAUGGUACCAUUUUAUAUUUGAGAGAGGUAUGCAGUUUUUUGGCACUUGUAUGUAUACUAAGAGAAGAUAACUUUGAAAAACAAAGAAUUAUAGAUUAUAAUUUUGUGAUUUUACGAAAAGGUAUACAUAAACUUUUUGAACUAAAAGUUAAAGAAAAAGAAAGUAUUGAACCAAGAAAGCCACCAUCAUUUAAGUAGUUAACAAUUAUUUAAUUCUUGUUUGUUAGAAUAUUAUACCUAUUACUAGUUUUACUUUAU